AUGACCCCUUUUCGUUGUAAACGACAAUGCAAAAAAGAAAAAUCAUGUAGAAAACAUCGAUGUAAUCGAAUAUGUUGUAAUCUUGAUAGUCAUCAAUGUGAAUUAGUCUGCGGUAAAAUACUUAAUUUUGAUAUACAUAAAUGUAAAGAAUUAUGUCAUUUCAAUUUUUGUCAUACUUGUUCAUUAUUUGACCAGGAAAUAAAAUGUCAUUGUGAUGAAACAGUUCUUAAACCAAAAUCUAAAUGUUUUAAAAUUCUUCAAAAAUGCUAUUUUUCAUGUAAGCGAGCACAUGAAUGUGGUCAUCCUGCUAAUCAUUGGUGUCAUAAUGAUGAUGAAUGUCCACCUUGUACACAUCCUGUUUCAAAAAUGUGUGUUGGAGAACAUAUGUCAUUUGAUGUAAAAAAUUUGUUUUAUUUUUUAUCAAUUAUUAAUUAA